AUGUCUCUGCACGAACAGACAAUUGGCAUUGGGUUCAAAGCGAACCGUAACAUGAAGGGUCGAGAAGGUGAGGCUUUGCCGUCACAGCGUCGCAGUGUCACAGAAUGGGACAAGCGCAGCAGCACCUUCCCUCCUCAGCGAACUCUGAAUCAGCAAGGACCAGCCAGACAUUGUAUGAAUUGUCAUCGGAAGGAACACCCAGAAAUGACGAUCCGCUCGUGCUACCCACGUUCUUUGCUGCACCCUCUGCGGAGUACUGUACAUAUUGACAAGAACUUUGGGGAAACAUACGAGGUUAAUGGAAGCAGCACCGACAAAGACCACCUCUACUCCGUAGGGUCUAGCAAGAUCUGCAAACUGCAAACUCCUCAACGCCCAGCCUCCUCUUUCUUCUCCUCCUCGAAACAUCCCCUGCGCUUCACGUUGCCUCCUCAUAGUCUUCACCGUUUCUUGCUUGGCCUUGCCUCGCCUCGCCUCGCGUUACCAAAUAUCUCCGUCUGGUGUGUGCUUCAGACGUGGGAUGAAGCUAGGCUUGCAACUAAUUUCGAAUACCACCUACUAUUCCGACACUACCGCACCAUACACUCCCAGAUACGACACGCCAACAUCGUUCUCGCCGUCUUUCUUUUCUCUGCAACCCUUCUACGCCCCGGUGCCACCAAGGGUUUGAUUUCCACACCGAGUUCAACGCCGAUGCGACACUGGGAACUCUACAAGUACGUCGGACUUGCAUGGUCGGAAUCCUGUGCAUCCAGGCCAGCCUCCAACCUCCCCUCACCGGGCGGGUCCUUUGAAUUGUCUUAUGACAAGCCACGGCAAUCCGGCCUGAACAUUGUCUUCGACCAAACACCACCCAGCCACCCCCGGAGGCACUUCACCUGCCAUCUCUCAACUAGUAUAGACUUUGCCCAAAUUAUCACUAUCCCGCGCGCUCCUGGCACCAUUCCAGCCACCGCGCCAGCGCCAUGCCUAACUAUGUUGCUGCCGUCAGCCGCUGCAGCUACUUCUCUGACACGGUGGUCCGAACCCCUACGCCUUGGAACUGCUGACGCAGCAGACGAGACCUCCGAGGCGAACCUGUGGUGUUCCAAUCGUUUCCAUUCCCUCACGAGCUGUAACGGUCCAGCCUCAACCACGGACGACGAUGACCUGCUUUGCCCCCACUCACAAAUUUCUUUCCCGCGUGGGAAAUGCCCCAAAACCGCUGCGAUAACUGAGCAGAUCGCAGGACGCAAGUUUCGGCAAUUGCACCACAAUCGACUCGCCCAGCACACCCUUGCCAACUGCCCGCGUUCGUCACCUCGGGUGUUCAACCGAUGUCGCAACAUGAACAAACCCAAAGAGGACUGCUCCUGGUGGCACGUUCCCACGGGUUUCCCCGACCUGUCCGCCAUACCAAGGUAUUGUCAGCACGUUGGAAGAAGUCAGACUUCUCGAAACUUGCAAACGUCCGCCACGCCUUCGCGAAACUGCGUGGGCCAGGCCCCUCGAGGUUUCAUCAACGUCUCCAUUCUCCAGAGUUUAAAAGUCAUGAACUCGACGUCAGAGCUCCCGCACGUGUCAAUCAUCAGAUGCAACCUCGUUUCGUUUCGAGCCUCUCAUUACAAGCAGGUUCUUGACGGCUCGCCUGUGACUCCGCUCAAGGUCAGAGUCAUUGACUGCCUUGUGGAUUGUUCACCAUGCAUCGCGAAUACACAAUACUUUGAGACGGAGAACUGCACGCUGAAGUUUGCUUAUAUCGAUGGCACCGCUCAGAUCUUGUUGACGAAUUUAUCAAUUACAGUCUUGCCCAACUUGGCUUGGGUUCGCUACUGUUCUAGCAAACGAAACUAG